AUGGCGCAACCACAGCCCACAGAGGCGGGAUCACUUCAAGACCUGUAUCUUGCGUUAUCCAACCUGUUUGAUAAACAUGUGGUCCCUAUAGGCGACCACUUGCAGACAGGCAUGGCUCAGACUUUAUCCGAAAUCUCCUCGCUCAAGCAUGAGACCGAGGCGGGCAGAUCAUCCCUUGAAAGCCGUAUCGAAAGUUUGGCAAAUAUCCUGAAUGCCACGAAGAGCCUCGCCAACCAUGUUGAGCCGACAUCUCACAGACAGAAUGAGCACACCGAACAUUCGAUCGCGGCUUAUGCCAGUCUAGAGCAGCGUUGCAACACAUUUCGAGACGAAAGUGAGCGCCUGGCAACCGAGAAUGAGCAAUUGACGCAACGGCUUGAAGCAGAGCAGCAGAGGGUCCGAGAUCUAGAGAUGAAUCAGCAACUCUGGAAGGCCAAGCUGAGCCGACUCCAAGCCGUCAUCACCAAGGCCGCAACGAACGCGAACGAGGUGAUUGACUCGGAAGUGACGGCCAAAGUACAACGUAUCAGGGCGCGGAUAGAGACGAUCGUCAAGAAGUACUGCGUCGGCAGCAGGGCCGCGCCGCGAAGAGAGCACAAGGAACUAGAAGAAAUCGACAAUGACUGGGUGCGGAAGCUCAAACAGAUCCCGACUCGCUAUGAACAGAGCGACCAAGACGUUUUCCUCACCUAUUGGGUUAGAAGUAAGGUAUACCUGCUGCUGCAGAGGCGGAUCUUUAGCCAACCAUGUUUCGGAUUGGACAAGGACCUGGAAUCCAAACUCGGAGAAUUCGAGACCUUGAUCUCGAAGUAUGCGCAUGGUACGCAUCCUGUCGAAGCCUCGAAGGUACCCUAUUUUGACACCGAUGGUACUGACCUGGAAACUCUAGGAAAGAAUACCAGCGACUGGCGCGCCCUCACACUUGGAUAUUGUAAGGCCCUGGGCAUGACGAACGACGACACUCCGAAGAAUGUGAGCCAGUACAUUGCUCACCUGUUCGCACCGUGGGUCAUCGGAAGACCGGAGAACCAGGUCGGACAGAAGCCAGUCGCUUAUAGAUGGCCUCCACAACUGUUGCACGACUUGGCCGAUCUUUGCCGGGAUGCGUAUGACCUCACCGUCAUGAUCCGCCAAAGCACCGACCGGUACCGGUUUAUCAGCAUCGACGAGGAUAGCAAGGUCCAAUCGGCUGACCAGAAUGACUUCCAGCCGGACGACAUGCUUGGACCUACGGACAAAUAUGUCGGCUCCAAGGUGUGGAUGACUGUCUUUGGCGCAUUGAUCAAGGAGACUCAGGCUGGCGAGCGCUACGUGAUGGAGAAGGCUCGUGUGAUUUGCAAGGCUGCGCCGCCCUUGGCUGAUCAUCCGAAAGAGUGA